AUGCAGCUCUCUGUCAAGUUCUUCCUUGUCGCCGUUGUCGCCAUGGUCGCCGUUAUGGCCGCCCCCGCCGUUGGCUCGACCGAGGUCUCCGCCGAGUCCGGCCACGAGAAGCGCCUCAUCAUCCUCCUCACCCUCCUCGGCUUCCUCAAGUGCCGUGUCUGGUCGAACGGCUGCCCCAGCUACGCCCCUCCCCCCGUCUACGUCCCCUACCCCGUCCCCGGCUGUGGACCUUGCGGCGGCUACGGCCCCGGCGGCCCUGGCCCCGUUGGCCCCGGCGGCCCCGGCCCCUACUAA